AUGCCUGGUUCACUGCAUCAGUCUUCCCAUGAGGCCUCUAGGCCGCGAAAGCGUCUAAUCGUGUGCUGCGAUGGCACAUGGCAAGCUUCAGACAAGACUUACGGCAUCACUCCUUCCAACAUUGCCAAGCUGAGCCGUAUGAUUGACCGGGAAGAUCGUGACCCGGAAGAUGAUAGGGUGAUUCCCCAAGUGGUCUACUAUCAGUCUGGGGUAGGAACUGGAACUGCCGGGCCACUGGCUGUUGGAUAUGAAGGCAGUGUCGGCGCGGGACUUUCAGAGAAUGUUUCGACAGCAUAUCACUAUUUGUCGACAAAUUUUCACGCCAAAAACAGACACGAAGGCUUCACCAACGACGAGAUUUUCCUGUUUGGCUUUUCUCGCGGGGCUUACACUGCUCGUGUGCUCUGUGGACUGGUGACCGAGAUGGGACUCCUCCGGCCCCAGCAGCUGCACGAAUUCCCCAGAGCUUUCGAGAUCUACAAAAAGCUCAGUAAAAUGGCAGCAAAGAAGACAGACAAGGGAAAGCCCUUCAUUGACUGGAUGGACUACUUUGUCGGAGACUUGCCUGCUUCUGACAGGGAUUUCUGGCAUGGACUCCGAGUCUCGAGCAAGAUGUACGACAAUGUGAAGGUCAAGGCAAUUGGAGUCUGGGAUACUGUGGGCGCACUUGGACUCCCGGAAAGCUGGUUUUCCAGGACGUUUCCUUUUUUCACCAAACCUUUCCAGUUCCACAACACCGGCCUUAACACCAAUGUUGAAAAUGCUUUCCAAGCUCUUGCGCUUGACGAGCACCGAGGCGCAUUCCCACCAACAUUGUGGUAUCUGCCCAAGAGACUGCUUGGCGAUCCCAACUGCCCAAACCUCAAACAAUGCUGGUUCCCUGGAUUCCAUGACUCCAUCGGAGGUGGAGGUGCUAAGCUUCAAACCUGGGCUACUCAAUGGUUCCCGAAGCUCAUGAAUUGGCUUAUGCCGGACACGUCGGAAAUGCACGAGGUUACUCUCGCCUGGAUGUGCGACCAAAUCAACGGCCUUCUCAGAUUCGAUAGACGGGCUGUCGAAGACGUUCUUCUCCAGCACGGCAAAACCCGAGGCAACUGGGCUGCCUGCAAAGAGAUUGAUAACGCCAAGCUCGGCUGGUUAAUCUUCUACAACCCCCUUGCCGGAUCAUCCCACACGAGGACGCCAGGCCAGUACUACGGCGAGUAUCGUGGCUGCCAAACCAAUGAAACCAUGCAUCCCUCUGUGUACUACCGCACGAACAACGUCAAGCGUCUCCACUAUACUGGCAGGCCGCUCCGAGAGCGUCAUGUUUGGGCCUACAGCGCCUGGCUGCCGCAAUUUCACUUCGACGUCUCCAUCGCUCUUGCAGUCCUGGCAAAAUUCUUCCGCCUCUUAACCAUCGGACUCUACUGGUUGGCAGCACCGGUUCGCGCCGCCUUCCCUAAUCUCUGGGGCUACGUUUCGGAGCUUUGGAACUUGGCCGGAGACCUCGUGCACCUGACAGCGACUGCGCUUGCCCACCUCGGACAUCUCGCAACGAUGUUCCCCUUCACGUUCUUCUUCCUGGAUGAACCGCUUUGGCGUUGGCAGGACAAAUCAACAGCGCCCCAGAAGCCUGACGGCGCGAGCUGGGUGCGAGGAAAGGUCCCGCCUUCGGUGUUCCUGCAGGACGGCCAGCAGGAGAUCCACCUCCAGGAAUGGGUCAUCCGCGAAUCGCCGGCGCACGACAUCAACUUCGAGAAGGAGAUGCUGCCGGAGAACUUCUGGAAGAAGCUGGACAAACGCAACCGCGACUCGAUCAAGCGCGCCGAGGACUCUCCCGACUACCGCACACAGUUCUGGACCCGCACCGAGUGGAACCACCGACACGACGAGCCUACGAAGUACAGCAAGUACAGGUCGCUCCACCAUCACAAGCAGACGACGAUCCCUCAUCCGAUUCAUGAAUUCAACCGCAGCAUUCACAACACCCUUAGCGACACCCACCGCGUCGACGAGGCGGCCGACAAGAUCGAAAAUGAAGUCCGCGACAAUCUCUACAAGGUCCACGACGACCUGGACAGUCUUUCCCACGAUGUUCGCGACGGGUUUAACGGUGCUGUCGGCAUGGCCCAUGAUGCCGUUGACAAGGUUCUUGACGAUGCUGAUGCCUUGCGUCAUGGCGCUCACGAUGGGUUUAACGACCUGCAUGACGGCCAUGAUCAAGGUCACAAUGGGUUCAAUGGUCACGAUCAAUCUAACCCGGGUAAGAAAAACAAGAAGCACGCAAAGCACAACGGGAAGCAUGGGGAAGAUGACCAUUUGUUCAACGGUGGAGCUGUCCAGUACACGUGA